GAGAGAAGACGAGAGGAGAGGAGAGGCAAUCCUGCAAUUAAAUAAUUGAACAAUGCUUAGAUAUAAUAACUCUUCGAUCCUUUUUUUUUAUUAUUUUUUUUUAUAUUAUUAUAUUUUUUAAAGUUUUUCUGAAUUACUUCAUCUAUCUAUUCGAUCUUUGAAUUGUACUUCACUCUAUUUUUUACAAACAACUUUGUUCUACCCCUUCUACCAUUUAAUUUUGUCACCUCACCCUACUUUUUUUUUGACACUUCACCCUACUUAGUCAACGAUAUUAUUUACAAAGUGUCACUUAUGACUCUUAUUGCAACUAUUAUAAUUAAAUGAAAUUAAGUUAAAUUAGUCUGUAUCCAAUCCACAUUGUAUAUAAUAGAUAUUAAUUUAAAGAAAAAGAGAAAAAAUAAAUAGUCAUAUAAAUCAUCAACUAAAUAUGAAGCCUCAUAGUCUCAUUCCAGGCUAGCUUCCUAUCUAUCAUCUUUGUCCUUUUUUCUCUGAAUUUUUUGAAACCAAACAUGAAAAUAAAAUCUAAAAUAUAUCACUUCAAAUUUAUUUAUUUUCCAACCAAACAUGCAUUAAUACCAUAACAAAACCCUUACGCCAACCUAAUGUAUUAAAAAUAGGCAAAGCCAACAAAAGCUAAUAGAGCUGAGUAGACCUCUCAUUAAACAAUCAAUACAAAUAGCUCUUAGAAAAUACUACAUACUCCUAUUACUAGAACUUCUCCUCUACAUUUUCUUCUAUCUUAAAAGUAAAAAUAAAUUUAAAAAAAACCCUCAACUUUUUCCGGCCAAAAGGAGAAAAAUCACAUAAUUCCCAUGGAAUUUCUCAUGCCAUUUCGUCCAAAUUCAGUCCCUCUGACACCCAUCAACUUCUUAGAACGAGCUGCCACGGCCUACUCCGACUGCCCCGCCCUCGUCUACAACAACAAUAACGAUAACAAUAACAAUAACAAUGCGACGACCUACACUUGGGACCAAACGCAUCAACGAUGUGUCCAAGCGGCGUCUUCUAUUAAGUCCCUUGGUAUUAAGCAAGGCGACGUGGUGUCCGUCCUUGCACCCAAUGUCCCCGCCAUGUACGAGCUUCAGUUCUCGGUUCCUAUGGCGGGGGCUGUGGUGAACAACAUCAACACCCGUCUUGACCCGCGUACGCUUUCGGUUCUCCUACGUCAUAGUGAGUCUAAGCUUGUGUUUGUGGACGAUCAUCUUCACCCCAUCCUUGUUCGUGCACUCUCUCUUUUUCCUCCUGGUACUCCUCAUCCUAUCAUCGUCGUUAUAAAAGAUACUGAUGAUGUGAAUGUUAAUGGAAGCAACGCUGUUGCUAACUAUAAGCAACUGGUGGAUGGUGGUAAUCCGGGUUUUGAGUGGAUUCGGCCUAAGAGCGAGUGGGAUGCACUCGCUCUUAACUACACCUCAGGAACUACGAACAACCCUAAGGGGGUUGUUCUUAGUCAUAGAGGGUACUACAUUCUAGCAGUUGAUACACUGCUAGAGUGGUCGGUACCGAAGCAACCGGUCUAUCUAUGGACCUUACCCAUGUUCCAUGCCAAUGGCUGGAGCUUAACAUGGGGGAUGGCCGCAGUGGGGGCAACGAAUAUCUGUCUAAGAAAAUUCGAUGCCCCCACUGUUUACGAGGCCAUUCAACACCAUCGGGUGACCCACAUGUGUGGUGCACCCGUGGUGUUGAACAUGCUAGCAAACUUACCAAAUGUCAAAUCUUUGAAAAAACCCGUCCAUAUCCUCACAGCCGGAGCCCCACCUCCGGCAUCGGUUCUCUUUCGGACCGAGUCCUUAGGGUUUGUGGUUAGUCACGGGUAUGGACUAACCGAAACGGGUGGGUUGGUGGUUAACUCUUCAUGGAAAUCCAAGUGGGACCACCUACCUGCAAAAGAACGAGCAAGGCUUAAGGCUAGACAAGGUGUAGGAUCCCUAGGGAUGACCGAGGUUGACAUAUUGGACCCGAAAACGGGUCAACCCGUAAGAAGAGAUGGAUCGACCCUAGGAGAAGUUGUACUAAAAGGUGGAAGUGUCAUGCUAGGGUACCUUAAGGAUCCGGAAGGGACGUCCAAAUCCAUGACCCGAACCGGGUGGUUUCGAACUGGGGAUGUAGGAGUCAUACACCAUGAUGGUUACCUAGAGAUCAAAGAUAGACUUAAGGAUAUAAUCAUAAGUGGGGGAGAAAAUAUAAGUAGUGUCGAGGUGGAGGCGGUGUUGUACACUCACCCAGCCGUGAACGAGGCGGCCGUGGUGGCUCGACCGGAUGAAUUUUGGGGUGAAACACCUUGUGCAUUUCUUAGCUUAAAAAGGAAGGGUGAAAAUGAGGUGACUGAGAAGGAAAUAAUAGAGUAUUGUAGGGAGAGGAUGGCACACUACAUGGUUCCGAAGACCGUGGUUUUCGAGGAGGAGCUGCCUAAGACAUCCACCGGAAAAGUUCAGAAGUUUCUAUUAAGGGAAAUGGCUAAAGCAAUGGGUCCAAUUAAGGUAGCUUCUUAUACUACUAAUGCUACUACUAAUAAUGUGAUUACUCAAAUGCAGUGAUGUAAUUAAAGAGUGUGAUGAAGUUUCCUUUUCUUUAAUUAUAUGUGUUUUGUUUAAUAUCUAUUUUAGAAGGUUGUAUGAUUUAGUAAUGUUUAAUGAAUGUAACAAUGUAUGUACAAUAACUAUUAUUAGUAUAACUAAAUUUGGUUGGUUUGUGUGAAGUUUGUUUAAUACUCCGUAAGGUAUUAUAAAUUUAUGAUGCAUUUUGUAAGCAAACAAUUUAAUGUAAUAGGAAAUCAAGUACAUAUAUUGUUACUAAUUUUGUUGCUUUUAUUUUAUUGAAUUUUGGCUUCUUUUGAUGGUUGUUUAUCUGGUUGUUGAGAUUCAGGUCAUGUUGAAAUUAAUGGUUACUCACAAGUACAACUAACGAAUUUGGAUGUGAAUGAAUUUAUAAAUGAUGUAUAUCGUGUCUUCCUAUGAGUUAUUUGUAUGUACUAUUUUGGCUGAACGGUCAUUUAAUUUUGGCAAGUUAUUGAGAUAUUUCAUGGAAUUUUGAAAGUGUUCUUUAUUG